CAGAGAGCACCAUGAAUUUAAACAACUUUGUGGUACUUCCCAGCAAGCCCAAGUCAAUGAAGUUAAAUGUCAGGAAUCUCCGGGAACUGCGUAUGGAAACAGUGCAGCUGGAUCAACAUGCCAAGGAGAUGGAGAGAAGACUGGAGGAGCUCAGACAGCAUAUGAACCAGGAGAAAGAGGAGAGGGAGAAGAUGGGAGCUUCUCAUUGGCGUUCAGCACAGCCCGGGGUUCAGAGUGUUAAGACAAACAAGGAGAACGCACCUCACGGAGUAAGACUCUCUCCAGGCAAGAUGAAGAUUAGAGUGCUGAAGGACGAACCUGUGCCAGCAGUACAGGAGCAGGUAAUAGCGGAACGAGCCGCCAAGGUACAUGGCACUAACAGGAAGCUCAACCUGAAAGGAAAAGUCUGUGGACAGUGUGAAGUUCAGUUGGCCGGACUGAUGUGUGCAGAAUGCGGAGAGGAUUAUUGUGUGGGCUGCUUUGUCAGAUUCCACCAGAAGGGGGCACUGAAGCGCCAUCGUAUGGUUCCCGUACAGGCAGAGCUCCAGACCCCUGUCAGCACUCGGGAUGUGUUGGGCCUCCUCCAGCAGCAGGUAAGCGGCAAGGAGAAUCAACAAGGUGCAUCCCCCAAAUCUGCUGAUGAAAGUGAAGCUACAGAGAAAAGAUCAGCUCCUAGGAGCCUUUGGCCCAUUUCUGAAAACCAAAUACACCACACACAGCCUCAGGUGUUGUUCGUGAAUGACGGUGUUGACGUGGAGGAUGAGGAGGCUGGUGAGGAAGAGGACAGCUCUCUGCUGAGAGGAGGCUUUGAUGAAGAAGAGUCAGCCAGGUCCUUCCAGGAGGCUCGGAAAGAGUGGAGAGAGAGAGGACAGAGACCAGUGUCUGUGAUGGAAACACAAACAGAGAAAGGAUCCCAGCCGUUAAUUUAUGUGGAGUUCAAGGAGGACACUUUGAGCUACAUGGAGAAACUCCUCUUGAAAAAGCACCGCAGAGGACAAAUUGAAGAAUUUCAGCCCCGGUCUGUCGUCCAACGCCAACCGGAACCACCCACACCUCCACCCACAGAGACGGAGGAACUGAGCCGAAAACUGACAGCAGAGCGGAUGGAGUUGCAUAAAUACUUUACCUCUCUCUUCACGAUCGCUCCCGCUGAUGAUGCUGUGUCUUCUUCUGACAACCACUGUUUUUAUCACUUUAAUUUCUCCAGAAGAUGGCUGGAGACGCUACAUUGUACAGAUCCUUUGGAGUCAAGCAGGGAAAUGAGAGCAAAAUGUAAGAAACACAAGAUCAAGGCAAAAAUGAGACUUUUUGAAAGGAAGCGACAGAAAAGUUCACAGUUUGCAGCUGUUGGAAAUGAAGAUUUAUCUGAAGGAGGAGAUUUUGGAUAUUUGGUCUUGCCUUCCACACCGUCCUUCUCAGAGAUGACCAAAGAAUCCUUCAGUGAAUGUAAUUCUGACACAAAAAUCAACUCUUCUCCUGAGAUGUGGCCGCCGUUUCAAGAGGCCACACAAUCUUCGUCAUCAUUGCCAAGAUCAGAAAGCUUCUCUCCACUUCAAACGAGGCUUCAGAGAUCACAGCACCUGUCGACUACCUCAGAGCCAUUUCUGUUGAAUUCACAAACAGGAGGCCAGAAAGUGGAACUCAGUGACUCUCCAAAACCAAGUCCACGGACGAGAUCUUCUUCAGCAGAACAGGAUAAACCCUCAGAGCUUCUGCCAACAUCAUCUCCUUCACUCCCAAAAACCAAAUUAAAUCAAACUCUCUUAGGCUUUGAGGACCAUAUUUCCACUGUCAGCCCCUCUCCUGGUAGAGUGCCGUCUGUUAGGUCUUCUCAAAGUCAUUCUCCUGCAUUUCUCAUCUCUAAACAAAGUCCAAAACCUCCAGAUUCUCCAUCCCCAAGGUCUAGAUCAGCUUCCUCUCCAGUCAACCCAAUCCAAUCCAUACCUGCUCAUUCAACACCUGAUUCUAAACCAAAAUUAGCUCAGCUGUCUUCAGAAUUUGCUAUCACUUCCCCAAGCGCCGCAGUUCCUUCAUUAAAGCCAUCACCUAGAGAAUCAUCACAGUCUGCAUUAGUCUCAGAUAGAAGUACAUCUGCUAUGCCUACCUAUGACUCCAUCAGGUCCUCUACGCCGAGAGCUGAAUCCUCUCAUACUGACGGGCACCGUUCACCUCCGGCCUCCAAAUGGUUAAAGGCCUCACGGAGGUCACCCAAAACUACAGUGCUGUCCUUACAGCUGAGCAUGUCAGAUUCAGAAGAGGAAAUGACAGGUGAAGAUGCUUGCCUGGUGCCCAGUGAGGAAGACUCAUCUGAUGAAGAACUGAGACGAAUCACAGAUGCAGAAGAACAAAAGAAUGGCUUUCCCUCUCUGUGUCCCACCACAACCCCUCUGGCAGACCCUCAUUUCACUUUCACAAACCUCACAAAGUCAGAACAUGACAACAUAGAAUCGGACCUGUUUACAGGAUCUUCUCAGGCCAUUCAUUCUGUAGCCCAGCGACAGGACAUCCAGUCGGGGCAGUACCAAGACCUAGAGGGGAUCCUGACUUUGGGACUGGACCCUGGAGUCCUGCAGCCCAGCCCAGCUCCAGCUCAAACCUCUAGAGAAGAGCAGAACCACACAGGGAGUUUGCUAGGGCAGGAGUCCUGGAGAUCCAGCAGCAGUCUUCAGCAUCACGCAGAGGGAGAGCUGGUCACUGCGCUGAUGAACGCUCAGCCCAUCAAUAGCACCCCUCGUCCGUUCACACCAUGCCGUGGCAGAAUGUCAUCACAGAGGCUGUGUUUCUCAGGCACCAUAAGCAGAUGUUCUCCAAUCUCUUCUCGGCCCCUGAGUGCCGGGACUCAUAGUCCAGACCCGUCAAACUGGCCUCUGUCUCGUGCCGCUCUGGAGAUCAUGGAGGUCCAGACUGUGGAACAGCUCGAUCUCCAGGACUCUGAUGAGGAUGAGGAGGAUUUCCUGGCUCUGGCCUGCCUUGAGGAAGAAUUCAGAAAUAUGAGCACUACACAAUUAAAUGAGGGUGAGGAUGGACACAUUCCAGUGGAUUAG